GUUUGUCGAAAUUUUGAAUUUUGAAUUUUAUUUUUCGUUCUAUUUGUUGAUAAUAAAAUGGCUGAAUUAAUUGAUUGGACAGAUAAUGAAGACAUUGUGCGAUUGGCGACAGAAAAUUCUGAAAUUUUAAAUGAACAUCUUAAAAAAUUUCUAAAAAAUCUUUUCCCAAAACAAAACAACAAUGUGCCAACAAAUGAAGAAAUUCUGAAAAGUUUAAAUCAAUUUCAUACAUUGAUUGAACAAAUAUCCGAUCGAAAAGAAUGCUAUGAAUUUCUUGAUUAUACACUUGAUUUGAUUGCUGGCCAUUCGGUUGUUCGCGACAUAUUUUUACAAUCUUCAUGUGGUGCCAUUCGUUACAAAUUGAUACAAUUAUUCUAUUCACUUUGUGUCAUUCGAAUUGAUCAUUGUAAAGUGAUUGAAAACAUUGUUGAUUUCAUUCUCAGCUCAUAUCAUGCUACACUUUCAUUGGAAGAUCAAACUUUGAUUCAAUUAUUGUAUGUUUUGGAAUCAAAUGGUUUUAAUAUGCAAAAAUAUCAUCCAUUUAUUUGGGGCGAGUCAGGUGCACAGUUUUAUGCUGCUAAACAUUCACAAAAACUACCAUUUCUACGUUCACCAAACAUUGAUGAAAUAUUCCAGAAUUUCAAUGGUCGCUAUUUUACAAAUUCAAUAUCUUGCUUUCCGAUAGACGUGGCCAUUGAUGAUGAAACAGUACCGAUUCUUGAAGGAAUAGAAUACAGUGAUCGAUAUGAUCCUCGUUUCAUAUUGCCAAUGUUUUAUCAUUUUCUUUCAGUUCAAUCGAUAGUCAAAUAUCAUAAAUUUAUCACUUACGGUUGUCUUGCCUAUACAAUAUCGGCAUUGUCAAGCUAUUGUAUACGAAUCCGUAAUAUUGCCUAUCGAAUAUUGGCACGUUUCCAUCAUCAUUUGAAUUGUGCCAAAUAUCCUGAAGAUCGACAAUUAUGGAUUGGAUUAAUUGAUUUUAUUCGAAGCGGAAUGAUUGAAGAAAAUCAACGUAUUGAAUGUAGCCAUACUGUAAUGUUUGCUCGUAUCAUUGAAAUAUUAUUGAAUCCAACAUGUCUUCUAUUUCCUACAAUUCGUAAUUUUCUAAUUCAUUCACAAUCAAAACCAAUGAAUUAUCGAUCAAUACCAUUUAGUUUGUAUACAGCUUGUAUAUCCAAUAUGGAUGGAACUAAUCCUAUAUCAUACAUGUUACAUCAAAAAUUCAUAAUCAAUUGGAUGAUUCAUUCAUUACGGACAGAUUGUGAUGUUCGUAUGUGGCACAAGAGGCAAACCAUCACCGAUAUGUUAACCUAUUACAAUUCACCAUUAUGUCCUAUCGAUAAUAGGCCAUUAAUAAUGCGAUUAUUACAAACUAUAGCCAAAUUAGUUGAAGGAAUUAAAAUUCUAUGUCAAGAAUGUGCAAUUUUUGCAUGGAUCAAUCAUCAAUUGAUAAUAGAACCACAUUAUGGUUCAUCAUCAACAUCAUCAUUGAAUAAGGAUGCAUUGUAUAGAUUACUAAUUAAUAUUUGGCAUACAGCAUAUAUGGAAUAUCGUCGCCAAAAUAAACAACAACAAGAAAAGCCAGACCAAUAUCAUCAUCAUCACAUAUUUUAUGAAUCAUUUUGUUUCGAAUUAAUAAUGAUGAUGAGUAAAAUUAUUUAUAAAGUAAAUGAUCCCGAACGUAUUGAUACAUUUGUGAAUAUUUGUCAUAAAUCAUUGAAACAUUUACCAUCCAAUUGUAAACGACAACAACAACAACAACGACAAAAACUCAUCAAAACAAUUGUUUGUUGUAAUUUACCCAUUAAUCUUGAAACAUUAUUGGCAGCGAAAAAACAAUGAAA